AGUAAGAAAGCCAGCUCUCACAGGCCUGUUAGUUGUUAUUUAAGAGGCCCUCCUGUUUUGUAUUUUACUUUCAAACUGGAGCACAAAUCAACCCUUGUUGGUCCUAAAUAACUGAGUAAUACAUAAUUGUCCAUUUCUAUGUCACAAAUGAAUGGUUCUAUUGUUUGGAAGAAGAUUUGUUGUCAAGCAUGUUUAUUACUGCCUAACUUGUUUUCUUUGUGUCACACUGGUAUUUUUAAUUCCGUUAUUGUGUGUGGGUGGAGACUUCCCAUAAUCAUUAACCCAUUACCAUCAUGUAAAAUAAAUAAAUAGCUGCAAAAGUAUACUAAAUUACAUAUUCAUACAACUAAAAUUAAACUAAGUGAAAAUAUGAGGACUAACGAACAAAAUCAAACAGUCUGCAGUGAAAGGGCUUCGAUACUGAGUGUUCAGUGUAAUAAAGGUAAUGAAAAAGCCUGUUCCAUCAGCAUCUUUUGACCUGGCAGAAAAAAGGGAAACUAAAAUUCAGAUUCAACAAAAGUUAACUAAAGACCUCCCUAACUGAGAACUAACAAACCCAUAACACAAAUACUUGAUGUUCCCUGUGUGUUAGUCAUGGACUUUUUCAGAAUUCAUCAAUACCAGUUAAAUAAAUACUUUUUUGCUUUCAGCCCUCUGUGUAUUUGUGUUAAAGGAAAGUUUGCGGUCAGUUUUUAGAUAGUUGCCACAAAAUGCAGGAAGUCGUUAAUGAAAUGCCAUUGUGCCGAAAUACAUGAUAGCUAAUGUUUUGAAACUGCUGUAAAUUCAAAGAUUCUUUCUAACAGGAAGAUUUAUCUUUUUUAUGCCAAAAAUGUAUGUUAAGAUUACAACACAUUAUUUAUUUAGUGAAAUUAUAUAUUAUAUAAUAUAUAUAAUAAUAUAACAUAUAAUAUUUGUUAUAGGAUAAAUUGUCCUAAUAAAAAAAAAGUGAUUCUGAUUUUCAAAAUUAUCUUUCUGUCAAAUUAUUCUGCAAGUCCAAAAUAACUCCUGUGGUCAGUUUAAAAUAACCAGGUAAACUAAAUAAUGUUUUUGUACUGUGGCAGGAAAACAAAGUACCAGGAAGUCUUAGGUUCACAUGCAAACCCCACAUAGUAAGGCCUGCAUACCUGAGAUGCAAAUCAGAGACCUAACAACUUCACAUACCACUGCAGUAAAAGCCAAUUUGUCCUAGAGGGGACAUAAGGAGCAGUGAUGUGUAGAGAAACUUCCUGUAAUGUAAAGAAGGAAGACAUAGAAAAGGAGGAGGAAGAGAAAGAGUCAGAUCAGAGCAGAAGCAGUAAGCAGAAGUCAGUGGGGGGAAACAGGCCAAAGAUUCUACAAAAAAAGGAACAAUCAGUUUUAAACUGUCAAGAUGUUGGUUCUGAUUUUUGCAAGUCUGCUCCUCACUGCCACAGUAUUUAAACUUCCUAAGACCAGUAUUUCCUGCAUGGCCAACCCAUCUGUCAACACAUCUACAAUGAGUCAAAACACCAGUAAUGAAGGAUGUUCCAACAAUGGUUCUGACGGGUGUACAGGUAACAGCCAAAAUAACAAUGUGACAACCGCCUCAGAAGACUCCAAUAAGCAAAAAUCGGACAAUUCAACAAUUUCUAGUUUUCUGAAAAAAAUCGUUGAAGAUUGGCCUCGGCACCUCAUUGUCUUUGGGGUUGGAAUUCUGAUCGGAUCAUUUGUUUCAACCUUCAUUGCGUGUCAUGCAAUAAAAAGCCACAGAAAGAAGAAAUCUACUGAAAAGCUGGAGCUGGUGACCACUGAAACUGCCCCAAAGGAUUGUGAUGAUGGGAUCCCAGACUUACAGAACAAUGGCAUCCUUGACAUGCAGGAUGAUGGCAUCCAGAACCAAGUGGCAGCAAGAUCAGGAGAGGAACCUGUUGGGGACCUGAUAGAUUCGAACUUGUCACCAAAGGAGAUUGUGUACUCAGACAUUGACUUCUCUGCUGUAAAAAAGAAGGAUCCUACAGAUGCAAAAGGGAUGGAGGAUAUCACAGAGCCUGAAUAUGCUGAAAUUAAGAGAGAGGAAAUGGAUGAGGCACAAGAAAAUGAAGGAAUGGACAGUGAAAUGUUAGAGGGAAAUGACGAGACGGAGGUAAUGAUAGAGCAUCAGGAGGAGGCAGAACAGGGCAUGCUGGCUGAAGAUGUGAUAGGAGAGCAUGUGUCACUUUAUUCCAACACAAAUGAGGAUGAGAACUGAACUCUGUACAGAUGCAUCUCAAAAAAUUUGAAUAUUGUGUAAAAGUGCAAUAUUUUUUGGCAGUCAUUUCAGAAAGUGAAAUGGUUAUUUUAUAGAGAUUCAUUCAACAUAGAGUAAACUAUUUCAAGCCUUUCUUUCUUAUAAUUUUGAUGAUUAUGGCUUACAGGUAAAGAAACCCCAAACUUAUGUGUCUCAGAAAAUUCACACUAGUCCAAUCAAAAAAAAAGAUGUAUUAAGCACAAAUGUCAGGCUUCUUAAAAGUAUGCCCAUUUCUAUGCACUCAAUUCUUGGUUAGGCCUUCUCUUGCAUGAAUUACUGAAUGAAUGCAAAAUGGCAUAGCGGGGAUCAGCCUGUGGCACUGUGUAAGUGUAAUGGAAGCACAGUUGGCUUUGGUAGCUGCCUUCAGGUCACCUGCCUUGUUGGGUCUGAUGUCUCUCAUCUUCCUCUUGACGGUAGCCCAUUGAAUUUCCAUUGGAUUUAGGUCAAGGGAGUUAGCUGCCCAAUCAAGAACAGGAACAAUGUGGUUAGUGAACCAGCUUUCAGUACCUUUGGCAGUGUAGGCAGGUGCCAAGUCCUGCUGGACAAUAAAAUCGGCAUCUCCCUACAUCUUGUCAGCAGAGGGAAGCAUGAAGUGCUCUAGAAUUUCCUGUUAGAUGGUAGAUGGCUGCAUUGACUGUGGAAUUCAGAAAAUACAGUGGACCAACACCCUCAGAUGACACGGCACCCAAACCAUCACUGACUGUGGAAACUUCACACUGGAUUUCAAGCAAUGUGGAUUAUGUGCUUCUCCACUCUCCAGUCAGCAAUCUUCCCCAUGAUUGUGUGGCCUAUGACCCAGAGUGAGAGACAAUUUAAAGGCUCAGGAAACGUUUGUUUUGAGUUAAUUAGCUGAUGGGUGUGACACCAUGAGUGUCCAAAAAAUAACUUUUUUACCAUAUUCUUAUUUUUUGAGACACUGAAUUUUGGGUUUUCUUUACCUUUAAGCCAUAAUCAUCAAAAUUACAAGAAACAAAAACUUUGAAUAUAUCGCUCUAUGCAUAAUGAUUCAAUAUAAUAUAUGAGGUUCACUUUCUGAGAUGACUGGCAAAAGAUAUUGCUCUUUUACAUAAUAUUCUAAUUUUCAGAGAUGUACAUCAAUUUAAAAAUCAUACAAGUAUUUAUCUUGUUUGUUUCUAGAAGGUAGAUUGGCUUUGGCAAGAUAGAGGCUUUUGUAGUUUCUAAUUGUUUAUGAAGUAAAUAUUUGUAACAAGAAAAGCAUCCAAAGUGAGAAUGUGAAUAUACUUUUAAUACAUGUACAUACAAGUACAUUACACCUCCUGUAAUAAGCUCUGCAAGAGCUUAUUACAGGAGGUGUAAUGUAUUGUGAUGUUCUCUGAGGAAGUACAGAAAUAUUCACCGGUGAGAAUAGUGGCCGCAUGCAUUGCACAAUAUGAAACCUAAAAUUUGCUCCCUGAAGAUGAAAGCUGUGUUUUAAUUUCCAUGCAAUGAAGGCACUCAUUAAACAGAUGUUUUUUUCACAUA